CCGCCCGCCUCCCUUCCCCCUCCUCCGCAUUCUCUGUCCCGGGUGGCCGUAGCGGCUCCUCGGGGCUCAGUGUCCUUGUGCGGAAAUGACACACGGUCCCGUCACGUCACGCGAGAGCGCCGCGCGCGGACCCUCGCACACACAAAGAGCUAGGGGGAGGGAAGGCACAGGCGCUAGCCGCAGCAGCGCUAAAAUCACCCACCCGAGAGUAGGUUCCACCACCCUCCUUUUCCACAGUGUCUAACAAGGACCCAGGAGAACAGAAUAUGAAUUCAUCUGAAUUAUUUGAUGUUGAAAACAGUGAUGAAGUUAUUAAAAAUAUAAUGAAAGCAGAGGCAGACAAAGAAGAUGAAGUCCUAGAUUGUUCUGUGAUUUCAAGAUCUGAAAAAAACUCACUGAGUGGUUUAGUGUCUUGCCUACAAGACACCAACAAACGAAAACGAACUUUAUUUGGUUGUGAUGGUUCAUUAAGCCACCAAGAAGCUUUAAGUGUGAAAAAAAGAGGCCUUACACAAGAGGGCCUUCUUUCAAGCAUGAAGAAUAGAGAUGGGUCGCCUACUCAGGAAGAUGUUGAACAGUCAAACAUAAAUAAUAUUUCCAAUGCAACAUGGCUCUGUGAAGAAGCCACUUCAAAUAACUCAAUCAUGCCAUCAUAUAAAAAACCUCUCUAUGGGAUCUCUCACAAAAUUACAGAGAAGAAGAAUUUGCCAGGAACAGAACAGUUCAUUUCCUAUGAGUUGUUUGAAAGGGUUAAUCCUAGCAGUCCAUCCAGUCUUCACACUUUGAACGAGCAACGAAAAAGAGACAGUAAUUCUAUUGCAGCUGCUCCUUCAGAGUCUGAUCCAAACAUUUAUUCAUUGAUACAAAAAAUGUUCUACACACUGAAUACCUUAAAUUCCAACAUGACUCAGCUCCACAGCAAAGUAGACUUGUUAUCAUUAGAAGUUAGUAGAAUUAAAAAGCAUAUCAGCCCCACAGACACUGUUGCAGAAUUUAGGCCACCUCCUGAGUACCAGCUGACUGCUUCAGAACUCAAGCAAAUCAUGGAUCAGAGUACAUCUGGUGGAGAUUUGGCUUGUCGUUUGCUAGUGCAGCUUUUUCCAGAGCUCUUCAGUGAGGAUGAGUUAAAUAGGGCCUGUAGUAACUGUGGAUGUCUUAACAAAAAGAAACUUGAGUCACUACAUCUGCAACUUAUCCAAAAUUAUGUGGAAGUUUGUUAUCCUUCUGUGAAGAAUCCUGCUGUUUGGCAGGCAGAGUGUUUGCCUCAGGUGAAUGACUUUUUCAAUAGUUUCUGGGCUCAAAGAGACAUGGAAAAUAGUCAGUCUUCUGCUUUUUAUGAUACUGAUCAGGUCAUUGAUGGCAAGGAGGAGGAAGACACUUUACCUAUAGACAGUUCCAUUGCAUCUGAAUGGGUUUUUGAUGCUCAGGACCUAAAUGAUUUUUUAGAUGAAGCUUCUUCUCCUGGAGAAUUCUGUGUAUUUUUGCUACACAGAUUGUUCCCUGAACUCUUUGAUCACAGAAAGUUGGCUGAGAGGUACAGUUGUUAUGGAGAAUGUGGGAAACAAGAGCUUGACCCUCAGCGACUGCAAGUAAUCCGUAGGUACACAGAAAUUUACUUUCCUUCUAUGCAGGAAAGGAAGGCCUGGUUGCAGCAUUGCGUUCAACGAAUAAAUGAUGAACUUGAAAGCAUAUCUAUGGAUGACAGUGAGAGUGAACAGAUGAGAGAUGGUUGCUAUGAUUCUUAUAGCUUGCCUGAUGAUGUUUCUGUUAUAAAAGUUGAAGAUAGUUUUGAGUAUGAAAGGCCAGGUAGAAGGUCAAAAAAGAUUUGGCUGGUGCCUAUAGACUUUGAUAAGCUUGACAUCCCUGUCCCUGAUUUUGAUGUUUCUAUCCCAGACUAUCUGUUAAGCAAAGAACAGCUUAAGAAUAUAUACGAAAGCAGCUUGUCUAUAGGCAAUUUUGCUUCUCGAUUACUUGUUCAUUUAUUUCCUGAAUUGUUUACUCAUGAAAAUUUAAGAAAGCAAUAUAAUUGUAGUGGAUCUUUGGGCAAGAAACAACUUGAUCCCGUUAGGAUUAAAUUAAUUCGACAUUAUGUGCAAAUGCUAUACCCAAGAGCUAAGAAUGAUAGAGUUUGGACACUGGAAUUUGUUGGGAAACUUGAUGAGAGAUGUCGUCGUAGGGAUACUGAACAGAGACGUUCAUACCAAUUGCAGCGAAAAGUUCACAUGCCAGGGCCUGAAAGAAGAGAAUUUCUAACCUAUGCAAUAAAUCCGGAAAGAUUCAAAGAAGAAUUUGAAGGACCGCCAUUGCCUCCAGAAAGAAGCAACAAAGAUUUUUGCAAGAUACCACUUGAAAAACUUAUUGUUCCUCCACCAGACUUUCCUGUGCCUUCUCUAUAUCUGCUCUCCGAUAAAGAAGUAAGAGAGAUAGUACAGCAGAGCCUUUCAGUGGGUAAUUUUGCUGCCAGACUUCUCGUAAGGCUUUUUCCAGAGCUCUUUACUUCAGAAAAUCUCAGACUGCAAUACAACCAUUCAGGGGCUUGUAAUAAAAAGCAGCUUGAUCCAGUCAGGCUGAGACUAAUCCGUCAUUAUGUUGAAGCAGUUUAUCCUGUUGAGAAAAUGGAUGAAGUGUGGCAUUAUGAAUGUAUACCGAGUAUCGAUGAAAGAUGCAGACGUCCCAAUAGAAAAAAGUGUGACAUACUGAAAAAAGCCAAGAAAGCAAAAAGUAAUGGGAUUGUUAAAGUUUCCAAAGAUGUUGACCACUAAUUUUUUUAUACAAGUACUUUUUGAUUGAGGCCAAUCUUAAGUUUCAGAUCCAACACUUCUCAAUACAUUCACUUAACAAGAGGGCAACUGACAACUACGAGCCCCAUCCAAAGGGGGGGGGGCAAAUCCACCCUUAGGAGCACUGAACUGCUGCGCCAGUGGAUUCACCAUCCAUGGGGCACUUACCCCAGCAGAGGGAGGACCUCACUGGUGUGAUGCCGCCCCCAGUGCUUAAAUUCCACACUAAACACCAUGCCAGCAUCCCAGGACCCAUUCUUCCACCAGUGUAGCGUGGUCAGGCUAGAGUGCAUGGCCAAGAGUUGGCUUCCUCCCAGCCUCCAGCUUUACACUGGUGGGCUGUUCCUCAGAUUUAAGCCAGCCUUUUUGGUGGCAUAGGUCUAUUGAGACCCACAGAGGCUUCUCAGCAGCAGACUGGGUCUUUCACUUUUUGAGCCUCUCCAAGCCACCAGGAAACCAAUUUGGGAGUGGUGGCCGGCUUCUGGCUGUUGAAUGAGGCUGUAAGAUUGUCAUAUAUAUGGGAAAGGGCAGUGCUGUAGGUUGGGUUGGGAGGAAGGAGGUAAGAUACAACCCUUUGGAAAUGUCUGCCAAAAUUUUGUCUAAAUUAAUAUUGUGUAAGAACACCUUGUGUUCAUUUCAGUAGGCCUUAUUUAAGGCUAGGUACCUUUAGGUACCUUCCUACAUUGUACACAAAGAAAAACCUCAAAUUAUUAAAUGAAUCCAUCAAUUAAAUAUAAUUUUCAUCAGUGGAAAUAAAUUAUAACUCUUAAUCACAGCUGUAAUCCCACUUGAAUUUUGCAAUUAAUUUUUAAUAGUCUUUCAACUUUGUAGACUUUGAAGUACCGCAGUUUGAAAAAAGUGGUAUAUCAGAGUUUCUGUGACAAUUGUAACUUCCUUGAAUUGGUUUGAACAGUGGGGCUGAAAAUAUUACGAAAUCAAUGAACAGAAGAGUUAUAAUUUUGACAAGUUGUCAUGUUGCAGUUGAAUUAUGGUAAAAAUUAAGACUAUGAUCAUGGACUUACUUAACAUGUGUUUCUGUUAAUGUUGUACAACUGAUAUUUCAGUUUUUAGUCAUAAGUUAUUUCAUUGUCUCGUUGUGACCUCUUGCUAGAAGUACUAUUGGUAUGAGCAGAGACCGUGAAGCAGAAUCCUGCCCUAUAUCAGUAGAGCUAUGGUGCUAUUACCCUGUUACCUUCACUACUUAUAAAAAUACUUGAAUCAAGGAAUGUAGAAACACAUUUAGGCCCAUACUAUUUUUGUUGACUGCUGCCUUACAAAGGUUUAAAAUAUUAAAUAUUACAUGUAUCUAAAUUCAGUUCUUUGGAAUUAUAUAUCAAAAGUUUAGUGCAUCUUAUGUAAAUUUAUAUUUAUUUCUGCAAAUAUAGUAUAUCCCAGAUGACUACAUGAUCUUGGAAAAUACUGACAGUUGUUUAAUCAUUGUAACUAAUAAUUGAGGCUAAGGUGAUUGAAAUGUCAUCAAUCAUGGUACAUCUUGAAUAAUUCAGGUUAAGGUGAUUGAAAUCAUGGUAUAUCUUUAAUUACACCCAAGCUCCAUAAUCCUUUUUCUGAAUUUCCUUGGAAAGCAUUUAAUCUCUUCAAGGAAGGUUUUAUUUCACUCUUAAGUAAUCAUGAGAUUUUAUUAUCAAAGAAGAAUAACGUCCAUUUGCCAACAUUUUUGAAGUGUUCACGGAGUUUUCCCAUCUGCUUGAGACUUUCUGAUUCAGUGGAGCAGGAGGCAGCUUUUCUGUUACAUUCAGACAUGCUGUAGCUCUAUUAAGUAGCAGGAUCUUGAUCAGAAUGACUGGCUCACAUUAAUUAUAAUACCACUCAUUCCUAGUGUGAUUUACUCAUUUUAUUUCAAAAUACAUUAAUAGUUGAAAAAUUGAAAGUAUUUUAAUGCAGAUUUGUUGAAAACAUUGCUUCCUUACAUAGAUACCCCUCCCUUCUAUUCGAAGCACUCAAGUUCUGUUAAGACUGUGACAGCAGAUUCUAGUGCUCACCAUUUUUCCUCAUGUAUUACCAACGUUCUGCAAGAAUGAAUGCAGAAUUCAUGAAUGUACUACCUGCACCCUAACCAGCCCCAAGAGAGAAUUUUACCAAAGAGACUGAGAAGAAUGUCUGAAUAUUCCCCUCUAAUUUUAAUGUACAGUUAGUAAAAUGAAUGUAUCAACUGAAUGAUUACACUUGUUUAACAAAGUACAAUACAACAUGUAAGUUCAUA